AUGGCGCCGGGAGGUCCGAAUCGCGGCGCUGCGUUGCGAGGAAAGCGACGCGAGUACAAAGCCGUUAUGAAGGUCAGUGAAGGCAAGAAGCCAGUGUUCGGGGGAUGCUUCAACAUGAUCGACCCUCGCUACCUCGACAUGUUUGCUAGCGUCUCAGGCAACAGGGUUACAGUGUACAAGUGCGAGCCUGGUGGAGCAACCAUCGUCGUGCAACUGUUUCUUGAUGAAAAUAAGGAAGAGUCGUUCUACACAGUGGCAUGGAUGAGGGGGAAGCACGGGCAGCCGCUGUUGGCAGCUAGUGGCAGCAGCGGGGUCACUCGGAUCAUCGACUGCUGGCGGGAGACGGUUGUCCAUAGUUUCAUUGGGCACGGGGGAGCAGUGAACGAGGUGAGGGUACAUCCGAGCCACCCUGCGCUGCUGCUCUCAGCCGGAAAGGACGAGUCGCUGCGGCUGUGGAACACGGACACAGGCGUGUGCGUGGCGAUCAUGGGCGGGAGCGACGGGCAUCGCAAUGAGGUCCUCAGUGCGGACUUCCAUCCGGGUGACCAGGCCAUCAUCGCCAGCUGCGGCAUGGACAGCAGCAUCCGCGUGUGGAGCCUGCAAGAGUGCUGGCACGUGGUAGACCAGUCCUUCACCUGGACGGACCUCCCGUCCAAGUUCCCCACCAAGAUUCUACAGUACCCUCUGUACGUGGUGUGUGACGUGCACACCAACUAUAUAGACUGCCUGCGGUGGUAUGGAGACUUCGUGCUCUCUAAGAGUGUAGACAACGAGGUCAUCCUAUGGCGCUGGUGCCACAAGCCUGGCACUGAACCCGGCUCUGCCCACCCUAAUGAGGGACACUUAGACAUUCUGCAGCGCUACCCGGUGCCGGACUGUGGCUUCUGGUUUAUCAAGUUUGAUCUUGACUUCAUGAACAACAUUAUGGCUAUAGGCAACUGUGUGGGCAAGGUGUUUGUAUACGACUUGCAAUCAAGCCCGCCCAUUCUCCUCAGCACUGCGCUCGGCUUCCCGCUUACGGCGCAGCGCGUUCGUUCGAAUUACCCCUGCACAGCCUCCUGCUACGUACAACUUAUCAUACGUGAAUUCUGA